AUGGCUACCGUUUCUAACAUCACAUCGUCUACGGACGCCGUGUCCGAACAGAAGCUCGCUGUCGAUACCUCGUCCAACGACAGCUCGAACUAUGCUGCCAUGGCCGAACAAGUUGCUCAGGCGCUGCUCGAGCCUGAAAACCGCGGAGUGGAGACUAUCAACAGACUGGUAAAGGCCGUUAACGGUAUCAAGGGGAUGUCCCAGAAAUUGGCCCUUACCUUUAUCGCUUUCGACGACGCCGGGGUCCUCGACGAGCACGGCAACGCCUUGCGGCUCGCAUCGCAAUGGCGCACGUACCACGAGCGGCUCUUGACCCUUAUACAACGGAGUCGGGACAACGCUGCAAGCGCAGCGGCGCUGACGCAACUGUACGGCUUGGCGGUCCAGGCUGUGGUAGACCAAUCGAGUUAUAACCAGCUUUACGCUGGGCUGGAAGCCUUUCCGCAGGAGUCGGACCAGAAGGCCGCGGCCAUGCGCCAGAGCUGUGACGACUUCGCUGACUUGGUCAAGGACGUCAGUCAAUUUGCCCAAGGAGCCGUGCAGAGGGGGAGCACGCGCCUUGAUGGCGACACGGUGGAGAAUACCUCCCGAGCAGUUCAGAACCUCGCCGACAAGAUCGAUGCCAUUGCCCAGGUCUGGGGAUAUUUUACACUCAGAAAGCUUACGACCGUACGAGAUGGCUAUGUGGAGCUUGCGGGACGGUUGGAAGCAUACGUGAAAGGCACGAUGAACGACGACUUGUACAACUAA